AUGGAGACCAAAAGAUAUCACAGCUUGUUUGAGGGACCGGACGCCCAGUGUAGGUGGGUCCAAGGGCCUAAUGAGGCAGACUACUGUGAUGCAGCAAAGCGAGGAUUUCAGGCCAGGACUGGUGCUCUGAUGGACCCCGCAAAUGCCAGCCGCCCUUCUGUCCCAGAACUUGGUUUUAAAGAGGGCGGUAGGGACAAGAUGGACCAUUCUGUGCUCUGCCCCAGCCAGAAUCAGCAGUUUGUCUUUCCGAGCUUCAGCGGCUCUGCUGCAGGCACAAAACUGGAAAUGGACUCGAAGGAGCUCUCCAAAACGGUGGCGGAGUCCAUGGGAUUGUACAUGAAUGCAGCGAGGGAAGUUGACUAUGGUAUAGCCCAGCAGCCAUCCCAGACAGGCCACUGCAGCCCCAGUAGCCUCUGUCCGGCUGGCGGGCAACACCACGAAAACAACCUGGACCUGUCAACGAAGAGUCCAAAGCUGAAAUCCCCACCUUCAUCUUAUCAUGGUGCGCCCCAUCCGGCAAAUGUCCUGUCAGUGGAUUGUGCUUCUGGGGCCUUACCGGGCUCUGGUGCCCUGGCCGGAACGCUCAGCGGGAGUCCAGCAAACUCCAACAACUCGGCAGCCAGUCCGGCCAGUAACGCCAUGGUGUCGUCAACCACCAGCCCCACUUACUUUGGCAGCACCUGCCCCACUCUAAACAGCCCAAUCAGCCAGUCAGGAGCCACCCCAGGCCUUGCCGCCAUUCAUCCCCGAAACCCCACUGCCUGUAGCCCAGCUAACACAGCUAGCAUGGGGUCCCCCCACUCAAGCCCACCCAACAUUAUGCGAUCUCCGAUCUCCAGUCCUCAAAGCAUGAGCAGUGUGAAGUCACCACUCUCAUGCGGGGCUACCGUGAGGUCGUCUGUAUCCAGCCCAGCCGGCAACAACACUGCCAGCGGUAACAUGAGAGCAUCGCUUUCCAGUCCUGGGAGCGUUGGCGCCAUGGCUCUGUCGAGUCCUCGGAACUUGCCGGGUUUUCCCGUCUCCAGCCCUGCUGGUGGACUGGGGCUCGUGCAGAGUGACAUCCAUAGCCCAGUGGAGAGAGACCAAGACCUGAAAGGUUUUGAGUUCCCGAAGGUUGAGUGUGUCGAAGAAGAGCUAUACAAUGUUGGCCUGGACCAGAUGGACAUGGUGAAGUUCAUAAAGAAUGAGCCAGACACCAACUUCAGAAGCAUGUGUCUGGGUAGCAGUAAGGGGAGCACGACCAACUCCACGUUCCCCAUACAGGUUAAAACCGAGCCAAACAAAGAGAUGACGUGUUUGAAUCCUCAUUACCACAACCAGGAGUCGUCUUUAAACCUUUAUUCUACAACAGAGACCACUUACUUAUCCUUGAGAGACAAUAUGGAUGAAUAUAGUCUUUCUGGAAUAUUAGGACCUCCCAUCUCUUCGCUGAAUGGCAACUAUGAGCCUGGUGUUUUUCCAAAUAGUGUGUUGCCGAAAGGGAUUAAGCAGGAGUGUAACGAUGGCAGCUACUACCAAGACAGCAAUACCAUUCAGACGCCGGCUGUUGUUGGAGUUAAUUCGGGUGGACAUUCAUUUCAUUACCAGAUCGGAGCACAAGGAACAAUGUCUUUUUCACGGCAUGACAUCAGGGACCAGACAAACCCCUUGCUAAAUUUAAUUUCCCCCGUAACGGCGUUAAUGGAGACCUGGAAGGCCCGACGUGGCCUGUCACAGAACUCUCUGUCCUCCAGAGGAGAAGGUUACCCUGGCCAGGGGUGCAUCGCGGAAAACAUGUCGAGCUCAUCGUUAAGACACUCAUCCUUGGGCUCCUCUACGGCCAAAGUGUGCUUGGUGUGCGGAGACGAGGCCUCAGGAUGUCACUACGGUGUCGUCACGUGCGGCAGCUGCAAGGUCUUCUUCAAGAGAGCCGUGGAAGGUCAGCACAACUACCUGUGCGCUGGAAGAAAUGACUGCAUCAUCGACAAGAUCCGGAGGAAAAAUUGCCCGGCGUGCAGAGUACGCAAGUGUCUUCAGGCCGGGAUGAAUUUAGGAGCGAGGAAGUCCAAGAAGCUGGGGAAGAUGAAGGGCGUGAGCGAGGAACCACUGCCCUCACUGCAAAGUCCCAAGGAGGGCCAGAAAGAGGUCGGCCACGGCGGAGCUCUGGUGCCACAUACCCCGGGGGUGACCCCCUACCUGUCGCCCUCCAUCUGCAGCGUGCUGGAGCUCAUCGAGCCGGAGGUGGUGUACGCGGGCUACGACAACACCCAGCCGGACACCACCGACCACCUGCUGUCCAGCCUCAACCAGCUGGCAGGGAAGCAGAUGAUUCGGGUCGUCAAGUGGGCCAAAGUGCUUCCAGGUUUCCGAAGUCUGCCCAUCGAGGACCAGAUCACCCUCAUCCAGUACUCCUGGAUGUGUCUGUCCUCCUUUGCACUCAGCUGGCGAUCCUACAAACACACCAACGGCCAGAUGCUUUACUUCGCCCCGGAUCUGAUUUUCAAUGAGGAGCGCAUGCAGCAGUCGGCCAUGUACGACCUGUGCCUCGGCAUGCGUCAGGUCAGCCAGGACUUCAUGCGGCUGCAGCUGACCUAUGACGAGUACCUGGCCAUGAAAGUGCUCCUGCUGCUCAGCACUGUUCCCAAAGAUGGUCUGAAGAACCAGGCGGCAUUUGAGGAGAUGAGAGUUAACUACAUCAAGGAGCUGCGGAGGUCAGUGGGAAAGGCCACGAACAACUCGGGCCAGACGUGGCAGCGGUUCUUCCAGUUGACCAAGUUACUGGACGCCAUGCAUGACCUGGUGGGAAACCUUCUAGACUUCUGCUUCUACACCUUCCGGGAGUCGCAGGCCCUGAAGGUGGAGUUUCCUGACAUGCUGGUGGAGAUCAUUAGCGACCAGAUAUCGAAGGUGGAGUCCGGUCUGACGCACACGCUUUACUUUCACAAGAAGUGAAGGAGGGAUGGCACUCGGCUCAGAUAAGAGGGAGAGAGAAAGUGGGGUCUCGGCCGGAAGUGGGCCACCCUCGACCCCGUGCACUCGUGGAUGGAAUGGGAAGGGGGAGGGGGGGGGAGGAGCACAGAAAGCUUGGAAUGGCAGCGGCAGAAGUGGCAACGGGGCGAUUGCCUGAAAAGGAUGAAGCGCUUGUGACGCACUUUGACACGACGGAGCAGACCCGUACCCCCAAAGACGGUGACAAAGACGGCGGUGACGGCACCUCCUGAUGGAUACUAAGCCAUACGUCUGUUGGGUCAAACCACACACCUUCACGGCCAUGCGGACAUGUGCCCUCACACCAAUGGGGGGGAAAAAAACUGUUUUUCACACAGUAUGGCUACCUUUACAAACGAAAUCAAACAGAAGCCAUCCCUUCGCAGUACGUUGGUCGUCGUGUCAACACUGCAAACAAAAACACUUUAAUUAAAGAAGGAGGUGCCAUCUUCUGCAUCUAGGAAACGUCCUGGACGUGAGGUUAAUAUUGAUAUCUCAGCAUCUGCAAGGGCUAUAGGAGUUCAACCAUAAAUUGGAAAGUAGCAUAAAAACAAUAUGUAAAAGUAAUCUGAUAAGUAUAUAUUAUAAAUAUAUAUUCACAAAAAAAAACACCUUUGUGCAUAAGCAUCAAACACCAAUCAAGCUUUUACUGAUAUGCAAGAUAGAAAUAAUCAGAUUAAUUGUUUUUAGUGGGAAGAUGCUCUGUACAGGAAAUUGGGGACUGGGGAAGCUUCAGCGUACUGGUGGGCUGUGGAGCUGCUGAUGCUGGACUUCACACACAAAUAUGCAUUAAGGAAUGCUGGGAAUCAUUUUGGUCCAAAACCUCCGCUGGACGACAUGCAGAAGACCAGAAUCUCGGUUUGACUUGGUUCUGUUUGCAAUAUGGCGUUAACUGUUUCUUUUUCCCCUUGAUAGGAUGUGUGACUGUAAUAUACUCAAAUCUUUCCCAUAAUUUGUCUGCCAUUAAUUUUACAUCUGUUUAUAGUCAUAAGGUCGAUUACUCAUUCUCUUAAACCAGCUUUUUGUAAAAAACAGUAAGUACACUUUAUUUCAGGGUUCCAGCCAAAAACUAGGAAUGCAUCGCAACGGUUUUUUAAAAUCACAUCUAACAGAUAAACCUUUUUUUCAAACAGGGUGGUGCUUUUUAUUAUAAUGUAAAGCUUGCUGCAUACAGACUGACUGUGGGUCUUGUGCGCUGCACGCGACAAUUUACACCGAGUUUUUACAAUGAGCAGAAACAUUUGUACUGGAACCUAAAAAUAAAGUUGAAAACAUAAAUUUGUCUACUUUAACGCUGAGUAAAGAGUAGGAAUAUACUUACCUGGCAGAAGUAAAUUGCAUUGUGUUAAAUAACAUUUUUAGAUUCUAUACUAAAUAAGCUUACAGUACCCAGUAAGGUAACAGACGGUGACUGAUAUGUCAGUCAACUUAUUUCUUUUUUCAGUAUUUUCACAUCACUUUAUGUUCAUUGGGCUAAUUCUGUAGGUUUGGACCAUUUUGUAAUUGAUAUUUUAUCCAUAUAAAAUAUAGUAUUGGAGAUCCCUUUUCGACGAGGCAAUAAUAGCGGACGCCUAAUACCGUACGGUAAACACAGGGCCAACUGCUCCGAGUUGGCAGGGCGGUUGACGUGGCGGGAUCCGAGAAAAGGAGCGGCAGUGACAGACAUCGCAGGGCGAUUUCCCCGUCGUCACUCACAGGAUAUACCUACAUUCUAACUGCCCACCUUAGAUUUGCACAGAAGAUUAUAUGUGACGUUAGAGGCAUUAAUUAAUUACUAGCUUUGCUGCGUGGCUGAAAAAGAGAUACGAAAGGUUAGAAGCAGCUCGGUUUCUACCCUUAUAAUUUGCUUUAUCGUAUCACAAUGAGGUGCUUUGUGUGUGCGCGUUUUUUUUUUUUUUUGUUCCCUGCACAAGGCCUUUGGCAGAAUUGUGACGUGCACAUUGAGAACAGCCUCCAUUUUGUGACCUGUGCCCUUUACGUACAUUUUCUUGCGUGAGAACAUUUUUGAAGGACCUGAAUCAAGCUGUAAGAAGUUUCUUUUGAUUCCCCUUUUCUUUCCAUUUUUAUAUAUAUAUAUAUAAAGUAGAAUUAAUGUUAAUGGUUCUUAGGAAGAAUGGGAAAGUAUUUUUGGAAGAAUUAUAUUUUGCUGGAAACAAUAUUUAAGUACUUUGUCUAGGAAAAAAAAAAAUUUUUGUAAAGUGAAAUGUUUAUGCAUGCUUAUUGAAGAGAUGUUUACAGUGUAUUUAAGAAGGGAAAUUUGUGCCUUUUUAUCUCAUAAUUUACCAUUUUACAGUAUGUUGUAAAUAAGUGAGUCAUUAUAUUGAGUAGUAUAUUUCAUUUCUUUUGUUGGAUGUUACUGUAUGUUAAUGUGGGCCCCAAAACAUGCCCAGAUUUAGACUAUCGUGGUCUUUGGAGUUGGUACCAGAAUUGGAGAAGUCAGAAUCGUUUGGCAAACCUAAUGAAUGUACAAAAACGAAAGAAAUACCAAACUACCUGAGUGUUAGAUUUUUAAAGAUGUCUGCUAAAAAAAAAUACAUGGUUUUUAAUGCUCAUUUAUUUCGAUGAGACCGUUAAUUGGCAAAGCCAAUUAUCUCUGUUAAGAGAAAAGAAAAACAGAAAAACAAUGGUUUGAGCUGAAGCCGAUAAUUUGUCCCUUGAUGAAACUUGAUUUAAAAGAAAUAUGUUGAAGUCUAAUUAACAACUGGUUCAUUCAAUAGCUAUAAACACAAUUUACUUGACAGUGUACCUAUUAGGAUUCUGCUGUUAGAAUACGGAAUGUGACCAGUUGAGAGAAAAAUCGGCAGUUUACAGUAGUGACAGACUGAUCGGGAUCCCAAUUCUGCCGAGAUUUUAUUCUGGAGAUGGUAAGCAGGGAAAGGGAGAUGUCACUACGGAAACCAUAAAAGAUAUACUUUUUUUUUUAGCGUUUCUAUCUUGGUCUCGGAUUAUUUUAGCAAAAGCUCAAGUGAGAGCUCAGCCUUACGGGUGUCUGUAUCUCGGAGGCUGGACUUGAAGGGUGUACUCUGCAGAAAACAGUCUAUUUCUGACGGCUUGUCCCGAAUCCAGGCUUAGAGGGACUUUGCACAUGAGGGUUAAGAAGCAGUGAAGUAGUGCUUUUUUUUUGUUUUAAAUUAAAAGGCCGGAUAUCAGGCAUCCCUUCCUGUUCAGUUUAUGAGCGUCUUUUCGCUGUUCCAGACUUACUUUUGUCCACGCCAUCUGAUUACUUAGCAAGCUGUCUUGCACAGAGACAUUUUAUGAUCUUGCUUGUCCAGCUACAAGCCUAUGCACCUGUAUUUUCACAGUGCAAUUUAAAUCUGUACAGUUAAAGAUAUGUAGCUUCGAAAAGGUAUUUUGACAGUUGUGCAUAAAAAAACAAAAAAAAGUGACUUCACUUCAUACUAUUUCUGUGCAAUGCAAGUAUUUUAGUUGUUUAUCAAUCAUAAGGUUUUAUCCUUUUUGAUAUAAAAUCUAAUUGGUUAAAACUGGAGCUAAUGUGUUUUCACUACUGUAUAAAUUAAUCCAGAGUAGAGCAAUUAAGCCAUAUCCCUAACAGUUCCCUGUGUUUCUGUUACUAGUUGAUUUUUUUUUGUCGUUUUUAAUCCAAUGCUUUGUACAAUAUUUGUCUGCAAAUAUUCACAGUACAUUUCAUACUUCAUUAUUAAAAAAUGCAAAACGAUUAGUUCCUACCAACUUACUGUAUAUCUUGAAGCAAAUAUUGCUUUAAUUGUAUUUGCAAAAAAAAAAAACCAGUGAGGGAUUCUAAUAAACCCUUUAACAAAA